UGAAUGUUGAACCAUCUUUUUCAAUACACAAAAAGCAUAAACAACCCUCUAGAAUCAAUGUGUAGCCGUAACCAUGCUUCUUUGUGUUCUCCAAUAUACAUACUCAUAGUUGAUUGAAUUUAUAUGACUGAAAUGAAGUGCUUUUACUAUUUCAAAUAUAAAUUCAAGAAUAGGGGUCAACGAUCAGCACCUGAAUUGAAAGAACAAGAGAAACUUCAGUUUUCAGGAUCUGAAAGAGCUACAAAGUCUUCUUGUUCAUCUGCAUCUUCACCUAAGGGUAUACCAAAACUUUAUGAGGAAAAGGGUCAUAAUUUGAGGGUGUUUUCAUUCUCAGAGCUUAAACGUGCUACAAGUGAUUUCAGUAGGCUUCUUAAGAUAGGUGAAGGUGGAUUUGGAAGUGUGUUUAAAGGUUCAAUCAAGCCUGUUGGUGGAAAUGGGGAUCCUAUUUUAGUAGCAAUCAAAAGGCUUAAUAAGGAUGCAUUGCAGGGUCAUAAACAAUGGUUAACUGAAGUUCAGUUUCUUGGUGUUGUGGAGCACCCAAACCUUGUGAAGCUUAUUGGAUACUGUGCUUUGGAUGGUGAAAGAGGGAUCCAAAGACUACUUGUGUAUGAAUACAUGCCAAAUAGAAGCUUAGAAGCUCAUCUUUUCAAUAAAGCUUAUGAUCCUGUACCUUGGAAAACAAGACUUGAAAUUGCACUUGGAGCAGCUCAAGGCUUAUCUUAUCUUCAUGAAGAACUAGAAGUCCAGAUUAUAUAUAGAGAUUUUAAAUGUUCAAAUGUCCUACUGGAUGAAAAUUUUAAGCCAAAACUUUCUGAUUUUGGACUUGCUAGGGAGGGACCAGAAGCUGGUGAUACUCAUGUUUCAACUGCUGUAAUGGGGACACAUGGUUAUGCUGCUCCAGAUUACAUUGAGACAGGCCAUCUCACUGCCAAGAGUGAUGUAUGGAGUUUCGGCGUUGUUCUAUAUGAAAUACUAACCGGCCGGCGUUCUUUGGAAAGAAACCGGCCGAAAUUGGAGCAAAAACUAUUGGAAUGGGUGAAACAUUAUCCACCUGAUAGCAAAAAGUUUGAAAUGAUAAUGGAUUCAAGACUUGAAGGACAGUAUUCGAUUAAUGCCGCGCGAAAAAUGGCCAAGCUCGCAGAUCAUUGCCUGCGCAAGAGCGCAAAAGAUAGGCCAACAAUGAGUCAGGUGGUGGAGAGACUGAAACAAAUAAUCCAAGAUUCUGAUGAACAACAAGAAGAACAGUCUAACGAGAAAAGCGUCGAGGUAUACGAAAAUGAUGAUUCGGUUGAGGCCGAAGAAAAGGCGAAUCAAUCGGCCUCAGAGGAGUUGAGGAAAAAGAGGAUGGAACAUCUUGCAAAACUUGGUGAGCAUGUGGAGGGUGCUAGUAGAAGAAGAUUUAUGAUUCAACAGAGAGCCAAUGUGUAUUCAUAGGUAAAUGAAUUGAUGAGUGAUGGAUAUGCAACACAAAGUUUGAAAUUUUUCCUGUGAUUGAUGUAUAGAAUGGUGGCAACACUACAUUGCUAAUGAUCUUAAGUUUUGUUUUUUUAGUAGCCAAAUAUUUUGCAUGGGAGCUAAAUAUAUAGUAUAGCAGCUUCUUAGUUGACAUUUGUAUUGUUAAUAUAGUAAUUAAGUGAUUUUAUAAUAUAUAUAAGUUUGUA